UUGUCAUCCAUAUCCUCUGUGGGUAAAAGAUGAACAUGCGAAAGUUCAUCAUGGUUCCUUACUCAUUGAUAUAACUGAUCAAAUAAUGAAUAAUGAGACGAUUAAAUUCGAACAUUUAAUCAUGCAACGAUUAAAACAAGAUUCAUUGAAGAGAAUUACACAAUGGCCGAUCUACGUAUCCAACCAAGUCGAUUGUAAUGGUUUCUAUUUACUCAAUACAAACAAGCCAAAAACUAUCAUUGAAAACUAUAAUCUUCGUUAUAGUGUCUUACAUUUUCAAAUAUUUCUCGUCGAUGAAAAUCAGGUGGCCUAUCCAACUGACUUAUUAUGUGAAACAACACCUAUUUUAGAAUAUGAAGACAAAGAUCGUAAGAGUCUUCCAGUAUUUUCUGCAUCUGAACGCAAACGUCAAACUAAACGUCUACAACAGAAAUCGAAUACGGUAACUUAA